UCAAAACACGUGUUAAGAAAUCUGUUCGGUAGGUACCUAGUUAAUGAGAUAACGUAAAAGAUGGAAAUUAUGCUGCGUCUCAUGUUCGUUUUGAUGUUUUUAGCUAUGAAUUCUCUGCUCUUCAAACUGCAUGGGAGCAAUAUGUAUGUGGCAGGAGUUUCAAAUGAUGUCACUACUAAAGAUUAUCUAUCCAUAGAAUAUGAUCAAAUGUUGAAAGAAGACUCUCUCAAAAACUACUUGAAAGAUUCCUUGCGUGUACAUCAAAUUUCAGACUUUAUUUGCGCAUGCGGUUUUAUACGAGAUAUGUACAUGGAACGUCACGACUCGGCCAAGUGUUUUUUCAGACAAACAUUUGGUUUUCUGAAACCAUGUCGAGAAGUAUGGAAAUUUUACGCCAACACGACCAAAGAAGAUUUCGGUUUGAUGCUUAGAGGACACGUCGAUUACCCGGAAUACACCACAAUUCUGCAACCAGACGAGUACAAUGAUUUUGCUCAUGCAGUCUGUAAAUCGUAUAGGAUGUGUACCUAUCAUAUCUACAACAAUCCCAGAACAGUUCAAGUUAUUGAAAAAUUACAAAAUGGUACUCCACUUACAAUUAUUCAAAUGCUUCGACGUGAAAAAAGAAAUUUUCUAUUUACUACUGCUCAAAUGAACCAUAUUAAUAGUUUUAUGAUCGCAUCGGGGUUUGGAUCUUUUCCAUUUUUGACGUUUAUCAGGAAUGAUGUGGAAUACGCAGUUCCUCAGUUGCAGAAUGCUACCGAUCGGUUAAUGUGUCUCAUUCGUGAAAAGAAAACAACGAGAGUCUAAAUCUAAAAAUAAACUAUACGCUGCAAUGACUACACCAGUUUCUCCAAAAAAACUACCAGGUUCUUUUGAUAGGAGUGGAAGUCGGUCAUAUUCGUGGCAAUUAUUUCAACACUUUCUUACGCAGACCCUCGAUGUAUCAAAUUUUACGAUUGUGGUCCUCAGCGAAAUUGCGUAACAUUUUUCACAGCAUGCUCACGCAGAGUUGACUGGUCAAUAUGCCAAGAAUCGUUCUUUACAAAUCAUUUGUGUGCAUAGAGUGAAUAUUCCGAUGACGAUAAUUUCCUUCAAGUAUACCUAAAUGCGUAGAUACCUAUAAUUAUUCAAACUGAAUUGAUUAGAUACACACUGAUGAGUGUAGGUUAUUUUUCUCUAAGAGAUACUCGAUUUCGUAUAGGUAAGUAUGUAAUUAUUUUACGAGUAUUGAUAAUUCCAAACCUUUUUUUACGUUCUUGCAUGUGGAAUAAAAUGCAAAUAAAAUUAUUCGAUGUGGUGUUCAUUCUA